AUGAGCAGCAACAACGAUGAGGUAUUUUAUGGAGCUGAAAAAAAAGCCAAGCACAAGACUCCCAGGGGGUCUGAUGUGACUUCUAGACCUAGUGCUGUUUCACAGAGCGACAGGAGUAGCAACCGCCGUGAUAAGGAACAAAAGAGACACAGUCGAAGUUCAAAGGGAGGUAAAAGCGGUCAUCGUAGCAAGAGGAAAAAUGAGCAUUCCAGCCACCGAACUUCCACAAGCAGAAGCAAGAGCAGCAGAAGCACUGCUGGGGGCUUCAGCGAGAGUGACAGAAGUGCAGCAUCCACCUUAUACGGCAGUGACGAGGAUGCCAAGGCGAAAGCUAAGGCGUCUCGUGGAACUCCAAGAGCUACCAGGCCUGGUGUGGAUCAGGUUGUUGGCAGCAUCAGCGAAAGCGAGAGAACUACAUCAUCAAUCUUAUAUGGCAGUGAUGAGGAUGCCAAGGGUAAGGCCGCGUAUCGUGGAACUCCAAGAGCUACCAAGCCUGGUGUGAAUCGUGUGGAAGGAACCAUCAGCGAGAGUGAGAGAACAACAUCAUCACUCCUUUACGGCAGUGAUGAGGAUGUCAAGGCAAAGGCCAAAGCUUCUCGAGGAAGCUCAAGAGCUACCAGGCCUGGUGUGAAUCGUGUCGACGGAAGCAGCAUUAGUGAAAGUGAAAGGACCACAUCAUCAAUCUUGUACGGUAGUGAUGAGGAUGCCAAGGCAAAGGCCAAAGCUUCUCGAGGAAGCUCAAGAGCUAGCAAACCUGGCGUGGAUCACGAUAGUGACAGAUGUACUGAAAUCUUGUACGGUAAUGACGAGCAUGCAAAGGCAAAGGCCAAGGCUUCUCGGGGAAGCUCAAGCGCGACAAGGCCAGGUAUUCAACGACUUGAAGAGAGCGAAAGAAGUAUUGAAAUCUUGUACGGCGAUGACGAGGAUGCCAAGACAAAGGGCAAGUCUUCUCGAGGCAUCUCAAGGUCGGGAACUCCUGGUGUUCAACGUGUUGGAGACGAAAGGAGCCUCAAUGUUCUUCCCGAGGCUUCCUGGUUAGAUUCCGCACGCAAUGUCCAUAAAAGCGGUAUUACUGGCGUCUUGGUGGACGAGAAUGGUGUGCCCCAGGAGCAGUCCAGUACCGAAUUUUCGGACGCUACUCCUACGGAAGACCACAAGCACAAAGCUGAGAAACAGCCAAAUUCCAACACAAAAUGGUUCGUUUUGCUUGCAGUAAUUUUUCUACUUGUGGGAGGUGGUACCACGGUUGCCUUUUUCGCUCUCACGGGUGGGCAGAUCAAUGAUGACACCAGCGUGAAAGCAGUGACAACAGCAGAUGAAACAACAGCGGCACCAUCAACAUCAUCAUCUGUGUCUCCUUCGAAUACCCCCCCGACAAGCCCGCCUACUUUGGAAAUCAUCUACGAUCCACCAAGCGAAUCUGUCUGCAAUGCAAUAGCAAGAAAUGAAACCACUGUGGGAGGUCACAAUGGCGAACCAGUCAUUGACGAUGGCUUUCGUAUGAACAUUGAGGUUACCAUGUCAGGUGAUGCUACCAUGUCCGAUGAAUCGGUGGAGGAAAUGCUCAAUGCUAUCCAGGAGCUGCUCCUUCCUGCUCUUAUGGGAUGCAACAACAAUAGCACUCGCCGAACACUAUCUGAGGCUUCACCAACUGGAAUCCGUGGCUCAAUCAAGUAUCGACAACUUCUUGAAGCUGCGGAAUGGCGUUAUUCUGUCUCCAACGCCUUUGUCAAAGGCGAUCUGAAGCCGGAGAUGGCCUGUUUGGAAAGUGAUCCAAAUUGUUACGUUGUCGAGGUGGAGCUGCAUCUGUCUUUGAAGAGACCAAUCAAUGGUCUGAGCGAUGGAGUUCGCCUGGAUUUCGAAAAUCCUCUGUUGGACAUUUUGCAAUUGGAUGACUCCUUCUUUGAAGUACAGAUGACCACUUUCUCUAGUUUGGAUACACCCACUGGAUCACCAAGCACGAGUCCUGCGACGCCCAUGGAACCAUCUCCUAUUGGUGCACCAGUAUCGGGUUCCACUUCUGCACCAAGCUCACCUGUUACAUAUCCUACUUUACCCCCAACCACCUCAUCCGAAGCAGAUCCAACCGAAGCUCCAGUUCCAGAGCCAUCCACGACUCCCAUUGUAGAUCAAAGUGAAAUACCAGUUACAGCCCCCACUGAGAGACCAGUUGCCAACCCAAUUGAAGCUCCGGUUGAAAAUCCGACACUGGCACCAGUUACACCACUAAUAGCUCCAACACUGGCACCAGUUGCAAAUCCAACACUGUCACCAGUUGCCGACCCAACCGAGGCACCACUUCAAAAUCCAACAGAGGCACCAGUUAAUUAUCCAACAGAGGCACCAAGUGCAAAUCCAUCUGGUGCAAUAGUUGGAAAUCCAACAGAGGCACCAGUUGCAAAUCCAAUCGAGGCGCCAGUGCCGUCCCCUACUGAUUCGCCGGUUCCAGCCACUACCAAUGCACCUUCGGCGGAACAAACCCCCGUCCCGUCUCCAUUUCCGACACCAGGUCCAACACCACUACCAACUCCGUCUCCCACGGAUGCACCGACACCACUACCAACACCUUUGCCAACUCCGUCUCCCACCAAAGCACCGACACCACUACCUACUCCGUUCCCUACCAAAGCACCGACACCGCUACCUACUUCGUCUCCAACUAGAGCACCUACUCAGGUACCUACCAAGGCUCCUACAAAAUCGCCCACAGCAAUGCCCACCGUGACGGCACCUACUCUUCCCCUUCUCCCUACCGUUGGAGAUCUUUUGGGCCUAUAG